AGUGACAGCUGUCAUGGGCGUGUUGAGCGCGGCCGCCCUGGUGGUGCUGCGGGGCGCCGACCGCAUGGCCAAGUGGACGAGCAAGCGGGGCCCGCGCACGCACUACAAGGGCCGUGGGGCCAAGAGCACGGGCGUGCGCGGCCGCGGCGGCGUCUUCGUGCCCGUGCCGGCCAUGGUGCCCGAGCUGCUGGUGCCCGACCUGGCCGGCUUCAAGCUCCGGCCCUACGUCAACUACCGCGCCCCGGCCGGCCACGACGAGCCCCUGACGGCAGAGCGGCUGUUCCGCGACGUGGCGGCGCCCGCCCUCGAGAGGGACUUUCGCGACGGCACCCUCGACCUGCGGCGCCUGGACAAGUACGGCUUCGAGCCCAGCCAGGACGGCAAGCUCUUCCAGCUCUACCCCAAGAACUUUGCGCGCUGAGCCGCCCGCACCCCACCCGCCAGCCAGCCUCCCCGCAAUAAACGUGCUUUCACGGGCCAGACACCCACCCGCCACCCGGGCCUUCAGGUCACUGCUGCCCACCCAGUGUGCGGAGGUGGUGGGGCGGAUGGCCCGGGCACUUGGAUACAACUUCUCGUUUGUUUUUUGGGGGGUGCACUGC